CUGUCUACUACAUCGCACACCACCCACCAUGUCGCGCAUUAUCCGCCGCGCAUUCACAACAUUCCCGCCAAUGGCGGUGUCCGGCCCGUCGUCGGCUUCGACGACCGUCCCCACCGCCGUCAAGAGGCGGCGCGCCGAGUUUCCCUUCGCCCAGAAGGCCUCGCCUCUGACCGACCCGUCAAAGUUCCUCGGCAAGGACGCCGAGCCCUUCCCCCCGGCCAUGGAGGAGCGCUACGAGUUCCUGCGUUCCCGAGGCGUGCUCGAGGGCGAGCGCGAGGCGGACCGCGCCUUCUUCCUCGAGACUAUGCAGGCGUACCGCAGCCGUGAGCGUGGCCACGGCGUCACCGGCAUGAAGGAGUACGCCGAGCUCGAGGCCGCCGAAGGCAAGAAGGACGCGUACAUCUCCGGCUUUGAGCAGUUCUUCCGCGCCGCCGUGGCCAAGCGUGACGGCGUCGAGUACGAGCUGCCUGAAAACGUCCGCCCGACCAUUACCGGCCACAGGAUCUACCUGCCCAACGUCCAGAUCCGCCUGAUGCGCAACCACACUCCUCCCGGCGAGGCGUACGACCCGUGGAUCGCCACGUUCCGCAUCCCGCCCAGCAUGACCAAGACCGACCUGCGCUCGUACCUGCUUGCGGCUUACGGCCUCGAGGUGACGUUUAUCCGUACCGACAACUACCUCGCUCCGCUGCAGCGCAUGGUGGGCGGCGUGAUCGGGCGCCCUACUGGCAGCAAGAAGAACUACAAGCGUGCGGUUGUCGGUCUCAAGGAGCCGUUCCACUACCCCGACGACGUCCACGAGAUGCGCGCCGGCCAGUGGGGCGGCGUCGAGGCCGGUGAGAUCCAGGCCAAGCAGCGCGAGGCCGACCUCGAGGAGGAGUACGCCAUCGAGCAGAUCAAGGAGUACCGCAAGUCGCUGGCGAUGAAGAUGCACAAGGGCUGGCGCUGGAGGGCGGGCACGCACGACAAUGCGGGCAACACGAUCCGCGAGAUUAUGCGCCGUCGCCAGGAGCGCGAGGCGGCCAUCGACGCCGAGGUUGCCAAGGGGCGUGCGGCUGCUCCCGAGGAGGUCGAGGAGUCGGAGAAGGUUGCUGCGUAAGGCAUCGGCGGGCGAUUCAGUCAUCAUACAGUAGGAGGGGAGUAGUCAAUAGAUACCCAUGCAUGGUC